AUGGCAACAGCGGCUCGCGUCUUCCGCAGCACUCGCUCUUUGCUCACCUCUUUGCAUGCGCCCCAAAGGCUGCAAAAUAACGCCAGAAGCCUGUACUGGACCGCUCAGAGGCACACCCACCCGCACGCGCACGGGCACGCGCACUCGCGCGCGCACGCACAGCCGCACGCGCAGUCCCACGCGCAGUUCGAGCCGCACGGCGUGCACACCGUCUCCGUGGAAGACGUGCCGGAGCUGCUCAGGCAGGGGCGGCCGUACGUCGACGUCCGUACACCGGAGGAGUACGCGGCUGGCCACCCGCCGGGAGCGGCCAACGUUCCUUACAUGCUCAGGACGGCAAGGGGCAUGACAAAGAAUUCCAACUUCGAGCGUCAGAUGAGGGAAGACUUCGACCCAAAUAACGAGAUCGUGCUGGGCUGCCAGAGCGGAUCCCGUUCGAUGGCGGCCGCCGUCGACCUGUCUCAGCAGGGCUUCCAGGACCUGGCCGUCCUUGAAGGAGGCUUCCGCGCGUGGGUGCUCGCGGGUCUGCCGGUCGAAACAUCUCGCCCGGGCGCCCAGUAG